AGUAACGACGUAAGCGGCAAGCGGAGCUUGCGGUGAGCGGUCCAUGCCGACUGCCGAGUUCAGUCCCAUGUGUACGUACGUGAAGAGUUCUUUAUACUUUGUAAAUUAAUCAAGAAUCACGAUUUAAUUGAAAAGCAUAGAAAUGUUGCGGCUGUCCACCAUCGUUCGCCGGCAAGCGUUGCUAAAAUCAAAUGCGAUUUCGCAGGAAAGGAUUGUUACAUGCAGACGUAUUCAUUUAGUCGCUCGAGAAAAAAGGAUUCUUAGAAACAAUUCUCUGUUGGAUUUGCAUCGAAACUGCAGAAUUACAGGAAUCUCUUUGGUUCGCUACGCUAGCACAAAUGAGACCCCAGCAAGUGAAACUGCAACAAAUGAAACUAUAAUAAAUGAAGUCGCAGCAAAUGAAACACCACUGCAAAGUAGUCCAUAUGACGAAAUACCAGAUCCGCCGACGCCAGUACAAGAAAUAGUGGAAAAUAUUGUGAAAUUGCAUCCGAAUGGUGAACCAACGUUUGAGAGUAUAGGACUAGGUGGUUGGUAUCCACCGGGGAUGAUACAGCAUUUCCUAGAAUUUAUGCACAUAAAUUUAGAAAUGCCAUGGUGGCUGACAAUCGUCACAGCUACUGUUUGUGUAAGAUGCCUUGUGUUUCCCCUGGUGAUAAAAGCGCGGAAGAAUGCGAUUCAAUUUGCAAAUCACAUGCCAAUAAUACAAGACAUGCAAGCGAGAUUGACGGAAGCCAGGAAUAUGGGCGACCAUCUGGAAAGCGCACGGAUUGGGGCAGAAAUGAUGAAGUUCAUGCGACAGAAGGACGUUAGUCCUGUAAAGAAUUUCGUACCGAUAUUAAUCCAGGCGCCAGUGUUCAUCUCCUUCUUCCUCGCGCUGAAAAGAAUGGCAAACUUACCGGUGGAGAGUUUGAAAGACGGCGGCUUCUUGUGGCUGCAUGAUCUUACAGUGUACGAUCCUUAUUAUAUAAUGCCGAUAGCUACCAGUGUGACACUGUACGUCACAAUCGAACUCGGCACGGAUGGCGCUAAUAUCCACGCGAUGGGCUUAUUUCGAUAUGUCUUGCGAGCUGUGCCACUUAUCGCAUUGCCGUUCAUGGUACACUUCCCUGGGACUGUUUUAAUAUAUUGGCUAUCGACAAACGUUGUUUCUCUGGUGCAAACUGGGAUAUUAAAAAUUCCACGUGUACAAAAUUCUCUCGGUAUACCUAACGUGAUAAAACGCCAUACUGCAGCACCCACUAGCAAGAAAGGUUUCAUUAAUGAAGUCAAGGAAUCUUGGACAAAUAUGAAGAUAACAAAGCAGUUAGCCGAUAGAGAACGAGCAGAUGCAAUACAGUUUAAUAGUGCUGGUAAGGGUCCCAUAGUGAAAACAUUUAAAUUCGAUCCGACAAAACAAAAGCAAUCGACAACAAUCCUUGCGAAAAGUAGAAAAUAAUUUAAUUUGUUUAAUGCGAAUUUGGUUGCACGCAAUGUGCAACACAAUAAACCAGUUUGUAAUUAUAGCUCGAAUAAAACAAAUCUUAUUUAAUUAUCUAAA